AUGUCUUAUCGAAAUUUAUUCGGGAGAGAAAAUGAUAAUCAUGAAACUAUAUAUCUAAUUCGUUUAGAAAACAACAAUUGGAUGCAUGAAAGAGAUAGUUUGACAGAUUUUAAUGAAAUGACGAAUGAAGUUCAAAGAUGGAGUAAUGAAAAUAAUAAAUAUUUAAUUCGUCAUACAAUAAUACAUAAUCUUCUUUUGAUGGGCAAAACUGGAACAGGUAAAACUACAAUCUCAAAAGUUAUUGAAAAUCCUUGUUACGUUCCACCAAAUGCAAAUAUUUAUUCGGGAACAAAACAAAUCAGUAUUCAUUCUGUUUCGACAACAUUAAAUAAUUCCAAUGAUAUUUUUUUAUUUAAUAUAAUUGAUACACCUGGAAUGUUUGAUAAAGUUAAAAAACAAAAUAAAUUAGUUAUAAAUGAUAAAAUAAAACGAACUAUUGAUAAAUGCAUUUAA